UCUCUGACUCCACGGCUCCUCAUUCACUAGAAGAUGGCGGACUGCGCUCCACUAUUAGAUGAGGAACUCUCGUCCUUUGUCUUCAAUUACCUGACAGAAAACUCCGGCAGCCAGUAUGGGGAGGAGGAGGUGUGUUCGGAUCGUUUGGACACUGACUUCCCGGACAUCGACCUCUCCCAGCUGGACACCAGUGACUUCGAUAGCGUCAACUGUCUCAGCGAGCUACAGUGGUGCAACGAUCAUUCGGCGGACGUGUCACCGGCCUCCAUCCACUACAGUACAGCAGAUGAGCUCUUUGAGAUAGAAGAGGAGAAUGCGGCUCUGCUCGCCGCUCUGACCGACAGUUUGGAUGGCAUGGUGGAUGCCGAGGUGGGCGGGCUCUCCGUCUUCCCCGCCCUGGGAGAGGAGCCUGACCAGGAAGAGGAAGAAGAAGACAGCCUUACUCUCACAGUCGAGGACUUCAGCCAGUCCCUGGGGGCCGAGACGGAGGACCCAUCUCUCCUGAAGAAGCUGCUGCUGACUCCUCCCAACGUGCCCGCGGGUAUCGACGCACACAAAGAUAGAGUCCAUGGACAUCGCUAUAGCAACAGAAGCCUACGGCCAGUCAGACCUCUAGUCAAGAGUGACCUCCCUCAGGAGAGGAAGCCCAGAGCGGUGCGUCCGGCGGGCCGCCUGUGCACCGAGCUCCACCGCCACCUCACCACAGCCCAGGACUCAGAGGACGCCGCGGCCCCAGACACAGAGGAGGACGAAGAGGAAGAAGAGGACGAGGACAGUGAGUCGGAGGAGGAUGAAGAGGAGGAAGAGGAGGAGUCUUCCAGCAGCGAGGUGGAGGGUGUGGCAGUUGUGGCCGCCGCCCCCGCUGAGCCAGCCAAGCCUCAGUUCAGCUCAGAGAAAGAACUGCACUCAGUUGUGGAGCUGAUUACAUACAUGCACACCUACUGCCUGCCCACACGCAAGCAGCAGGGCUGGGAGCGCAAGGACCGUGACCUCCAGAGGUCUCGGGCCAGACCCGAAGCCCCCCGCCUGCAGGCUGCCACAAACUCUCACAGCAGAGUUGUCUUGGUGGCUACUCCUGGGACUAGUGGGGGGGCAGGCAACAGUGCCCCAAGGAGGCUUCCCUUUGCAAGGCGGAGGGAGAUGAAGGCCAACUCCCUUCUCCGCGAGCUCCUGCAGCAGAGCAGCUCUUUCGAUGUGAGCAAGCCUUACAGACUGCACAGCCCUCCCUACUCCCACUCCCACAGUCCCAACAAAGGAGGAGUAUCUGCUCCUUCUGCCCUGGCUAAAUCAGCCCCAGCCCACUCCCUAAGCUCAACCACCCCGAAACUGGAGCUUGGUAAAGACUUUUCCUCCCCAGAUAGGAGAAACUCCUCCUCUGAGGCUCCUCAAAGCCCAGAUGAGAUUGCAGAGGACGGCGGCUCCUUCUCGGUCCGGCGCUCCCGGCGUCUGGCCUCCUUCCCCAGCCGCUACGCCAAGAGGCUGCGGCCUGGUCGGGCGAGGGAAGGAGAGGGGAAGGACAGGGAGGAGAGGGAGGAGGGACGAGGAGGGGUCAAACUCCUGCCAACCCAAGCAGGAGGGGUAACCACGACGGAGCCAGAGCAGCUGACGUCGGGUGACUGCAACGCCGGUACAACAGAGCCGACCAAACCCUGCUGCCACAGCGAAAAGCGAGCCUGCCUCUGUCUGCCUCUCAACCCCAAAUCCACAGGAGAGUCCCAGUACAGCACCAAGCCUUUUGAGCAGACACUCAGUGUGGAUCUGUGUGGAACGGCAGGUCUCACCCCUCCCACCACCCCACCUCACAAACCAGUGGAAGAUGAGCUCUUCAAACCGGCAGAGGGAGGAAAGGGUAGUGAAGGUGUAGGUGGUGGCAGCAGUGGCGAUGGUGGAGGAGGUGGCAGUGAGUCUGUUCACCCGGCUUCAAACACCAACGCCGUCUCUAAGGGCUCGUCCUGGCUGAGCCGCGCCCACCACCAGCGGAAGCUUCCAGAGCAGACGGAGCUGUACGCCCAGCUGCGGCGCAUGGGCCAGGCUGGUGACGGCGACACCCAUAGAACCUUUGGCGACCAUGACUACUGUGCGCUGAGCGUCGGGGAGAGCCGCAAGCGCAGCGCUGCCAUGCUUGGUGCCAUGCUGCAGGCGCAGGAAGGGAGCGAUGGAGUUAGCACCCUAACAGCCAAAGCAGCCGAUGAUCAGGUUUCGGAUGGAAAGGACAAGGAGAGCAGGGAACGGCUGCUGGUGUCAGACGUCGCCGAACCACUUGAGAAGCAGAGAGUGACGGUGGUGAUAUCAUCAACGCCGCCGUCAGACUGCCAGUUGGCAGCUGCCACACUACCAGCCUCAGAGGAAGAGGCGGAGCGCUCGUCUGCGUCUCGCUCACCCUCGCCCAUUCUCAACCUGUGUCCUGACUCCCCCGCCAGCAAGACAGACUCCAGUGAGAACUCGGAGAUCUGUCCCGACGACAAGCAGAGGAACAAAGCCAAGUCUGACGAGGACAACUGCCAGGUGUUUUACAUCCACAACCUGCCAGCCAGCGUGACCCAGAACAUGCUGAGGAAACGCUUCCAGGUUUUCGGCAAAGCGGAGGACUGCAAAGUCAUCAUCUGCAACGAGGAGCGCUGUGGGGUGAUAAAGAUCCGCCAGCCAGGGGUUCAAAGACACUGGAGAGAACGGGAGACUGUCCAGAAUGGACCUGCGGGCCUAAGGAGGCUAACAAGGAAACGCUACAUAGAUCUUGAUGAGGCAGGUCCGGGCCCCGUGAAAAGCAAGUACGAUGCACUGGACUUUGACACUCUGCUGAAGGAGGCCCAGAAGUCCCUGCACCGCUGACAGCACAGCACCCGUGACUGCUCAGCCUUAGUAGACUGCAGCAACACCCCUCCGACAACAUGGCUCUGCCCUCAGACAGGCCUCUCAGUACCUCCAUGCAAGGCAACCUCGCAAAAUGUUUACAUUUUUACCGUUGGAAUAAAGUAACGAUAAGGACCUUGUUGUUUUUUAAGUUUCUUUCACCGGAGGAUACUGCUUAAAAACGAGGAAGCCACUGGGAGUUCAGAGGAGAUUAAAGACAAUGGAGGAAACAGGACUUUAUACAGCAAUGGUACAACAUCUACAAACGAUAAUGAUACAGUUCUCUGCUGAACAACAAUAACAAAGCUGUCUGUGUUGGUGACAUCAUCACCCCGCCUUGGAAGAGCGGGCAUGAGAGACCUCUGUAGCAAAUCCUUGCUAUUCCUGCGUUGCGUUGGUCGUCGUGGUGUGUGUGUUUCUGCGUGUGUGUGUUCUUUGUUCUGUUUGUUUUGUAAAAAAAGAAAAAAACCUCCCUCUUUCCGGUCACGGGUGGUGAACCUGCAAGCUAUGUUCACCAUGAAGUUGUGUGGUUGUGUAACCAGAAAAAAAAAAAAACCCUGCUUUGUUUUAGCGAAAAAUUGUGGAUGUUAUAAAUUUUAAAAUCUAUUGUGUGUGCGUUAUGGACAAAGGAUAUAUUAAAAAAAAAACAUUUAACGUAAUCAUUUGAUGACUGAUAAAGUUUACAAAUCUAAAAUGAAGAAGAAAAAAAUCAUGUUUUUUUCUUUUUUGUAAUUGUAGUGCUUCCUUGAUUUGAUCUAUGCACUGUAAGGAGGCAAAUGUCUCCGCUGUCCUCCACUUCCCCCCUUUUGACUAAUCUCUAACUCUGCCAUGCUGACUAUUUUGGCUUCUGCUACUGGCUGCUGCAGGCUCUGUUUGGUAGGCGUUUUAUACAUUAAGACCCCAACUUGGUCCCAGGAAAAGUUUCACCUCAAAUUUGUUUUUAUCCCCUUCGAACUAAAGCAUUUAUUGGAAGAACUCUCUUAAAUGUUGCACAGGUUGUGAACUGGGUUCAAAAUAUGUUCAAACAAGAAGGGCGUUUUGAGUUUGAUUUUAUUUGUAAAAAAUUCCUGCUGCAUGAUAAGGUUAAGGUCGUCAUUAUACGUCAUAAGGUUAGGGUUGGGUAAAAACGGGUGGUGUGUCAGAAGUGGAUAAAAGAUGAAGUCAGGAUAAGCAUUAGAUUAUCUAUGGAAAAGUAGUAGAACUAAUAGUUGAACACCAAUGCCGUUCCCCAGAGCUGACACUGACAUUUCUUUAAGUAACUGCCAAAUGUCCAUCCUGGAAAUAUUUCUUUGUGACGCCAUAGUAUAGAGGACUAAUGUUAAUAAAGUUCAUUGACGCUCACAUGGCUUCAGUCUGUCAAUUGUUUCUAAAAUACAACAAAUUGGGUAGUGCCAAAUUUCUUCACAGUGAUUCAGAACAGUCUCUCCAUUUAGAAAAUGGAAUGGUCCAUUUUUACAAAAAUGUUUGGCUUCAUUGGUUGAUUCCAGGUGAUUUUUUUCCACAUCAAGAGGGGUCUUGAUGUAUCUUUGAUAGGGUCCCAAUGAACAUGUGUCUGAAACAAGGCUGCAGCCUAACGACACCCCCCGAAUGCCACAGCCAAUGCAACAGUUACUGUUUACAUUUGGACUGCAGCAAGCAGGACUAAAAUGGGGAAAUAAAGUUGGUAGCCAAUUGGCGCUUUUAGUAAUGAACUCAGUAUGAAUUCAUCCCAUCCACACUUUGUCCUGACCAUCCCAGUCCAAUCUUCUCAUUAUAGGACAGUACUGUAAAUGGAACUAUUUGGAGUGUCCAGGAAUCCAUUUUUCCUGCUGGCAUUAGUGCUUGAUGUUUGGUUAGCUUGACAUUGGUUUCAGAGUACAAAGGAGAACAAGACCAAUUUGCUUUUCAUAGUCCAUCCAUGGAAUAUUGCCAUUGCAAGUAGACGAAUCUGCCGGUUCAAAUGGAAUGUAUUCAAGAAACUGAAUGUAAUCACCGUGUUUUCCCCAUUUUUGCUUGCCCAAAGAUUGUGGAGCUUUUUGGUGCUUUAAAAAGGUAGACUUGCUUAGUUAUCCGGUUGACUACCUGCGACUGACUCUGGCUUGUAGUGCAGUCUGGGUAGCGCCUAAUUUAUGCCUGACACAGCCAGUAGCACCCGCCGUGAAAAGGGAGAGAGCCUCCAAGUCUGCCAAUCCGGUGGCACCACAUCGCCACCUACAACACAGCCAGGGAACGAGCGAGGGAUGGGCUUGAAAGUAACGAAAAGUUUCGGACGAGAAUCCAAUUUCUCGUUUCGGAGGUACUGUAUCAGCUGAGCAUCUCUACCUCACAUCCAUUUAUCCCCGCUCCCCCUGUCCUUUUAUUUUCUUGUUCUACUGGAUGCUCUCCCCCUCCUCUUUUAUAAGUUUCACACUCUUUGUUUUGUUUUUUUGUCAGAAAUGCUCUCUCUGUAAGGGUUUCCCCAACUGAUGGGUGGUUAUGGGUCGUUUUGGGGUUUGUGUUGCUUUUUUAUGACUCCUACCACUAAGCCCCUUGUGACGGGAAUAAUCUCUCUCUUUCUCUAACUCUUUUCUUCGCUUGCCUCAUAACGGUUUUUAGCGUGUCCGUUUCUUGGAGUCUCGACCUUGUGUCCUUGUGUAACUGAGUGUUUUGUCUUUGUCUCGUGUUUGAGUCGGACACUGCUGACGCUUGCAGGUCAGUUAGGAGGGGACGGGAGGGGUUGAACAGUGGCUUAGUGGUUGGUUGGGUCCUUGAUGGCGCAUGGAGGGGAAGAUUCCCAGUCUUCUCCCCCUGCCCUCAUUUACUUGUUUUCUUCAGGGACACGCCAUCCCUACUGACUUCCCUGUUCCUCCUCUUCUUGCCCAGGAAUUUCAAUAAAACGCAGCCCGAUUUUUUUCUCUAACUUUAACUCAAAUCACUUUCUGUCUCUCGGUGGGUUCAAGGCCUUGUUUCCAGGUCUUCCCGAAUCCUUGGUAAACUCCCUGCUUUUUAACAGAUAAUCCCUCUCUACCCAUCUUCUUCCUUGUCCUUUCUCUAUCUAAUCAACUCCUUGGUAACACACACAAAAAAUUGAAUGUUUACAUUACUCGAUUCUCCUUUGACUUUAUUAGGAACGCACACUAAGUACAAAGGCGCCUUAUUCAGUGUUAAAAAAUAACAGCAAGUUAAGUGGCCUCGAGAGAUGCACCUUCUCCAGGCUCACUGAUGUCCAAAACUAACAAAAACAAUUUAGUGCUAUACAUACUGAUUGAGAAACAAGGUGUAAACUUUUAAAAUGGGAAAAAAAUCACAAACUUUAACUAAACUAAUCGCAAACAACUGAAUGAGUAUUUGUGCUUAGUAUGUAUACUACUAAAAAGUGAGAGAAUGUGCUGGUUUACAUAUUAAAAAAAGAAAAUAUAAUAUAUGAAUAUAAAAUGUGUAUAUAGCACUAUGCCUCGUUGUAAACAUAAAAUGUAUUGUGUGUUCUUUUUUAAAGGUGGCGGGUCACAGUUGAUUGCUAAUCAAACAGGAGAUGGUCAGGUCGGUUUUGCUCCAUUGAGUUCAUGUUUGUUCAGUACAGGGAGGAAAUUAAGGGAAAAAAAUUAAGUUGAAAUGACUUCACACAAAGUCCAACACUGUUGUAAACGAAAGACAAAAAAGAUACAAGUAUCCCUUUAGACUAUCACACUAGAAGGUUCUAUUUCUUUGCUGUUUAUGAAAUGAGUAAAUAUUUUUUAAUGUUUUUGUUUCUGUUUUUUUAAAAAGCAAUUUGAAAUGCAAUACAUAAUAAUCUUAUCUUUAAGACAGCCUUUCCGAAAAACUGAGGUAAUAAUGUACAGUGUAUGGUUGGUUGUUGAACUACAACACAGGCAAUCUUUGAGCAGCGGAUUCAAUAGGCUACUGUACUGUAUGUAGACUGCUGUUAAACACAAAAAAAAAAUCAUAAAAACAAACUACAGAAAGAAUGUGGUCAGUUGUGUCGUAAACACAUAACACGUAUACAAAACAAAUUGUACUAAUAUACUCUUGCACAAAUAACGUCCCAAGUAGAGAAAUAUCUUCACAAUAUUUUCUUCUCAUUGAAAGGAAGCUGUUGUAACUAUGUUAUUACCACAUUCGAUGGUGCACAGGUUGGUUCAAAUCUGAGUUGCAUUGAACACUCACUUGUAUUACGGUAACAGCUAAUAACUAUACAUAUACGACUCUGGUAAAGGAAUGUGGGAGGGAGGCAAAGAAGAAAAAAAAUACAGUUGUCGCUGGUUUGACCCAGUUAAAGUUUCAGACUAGUUGAUACAGAUGCUUCGCACUGUAAAAAUCCCAGUUUCACUGCUGCACCUUUACUUCAUCCCAAAAAGGAAGCAUUUGGAUUAAAUCAAUUACAAUCAAAUGCAAGUUACAGAACGGUAUAAUGGUACAACUAGCUUAGAGUUUUGUGUUUGUAAAAUAAUGCAAUACUUAAGCAGGAUAGAUGCAAAAUAAAGCACGAAGGCAGCCUAUCAAAUUUGUGAAUUUCGAAAAAGAAGAGGGUGUAUGUUUCUUUACUACCUGAGGGGAUGUGACAGGCAAGAACGGGUUGGAGAUCAAUGGUGUGAAUGGGAGCCUUCAAACCUGUGUGGAAAAUGUUUAGUUUUUCUUACUGAUGACCAAACUGUUACCUUAAAAACACUUUUAGUAAGCAAAUGUUAACUUUUUGCUGACCUAAACUAUCUGUUUGGCCUUUUCGUGGAGGAAGAGCGUACACAGCUUCUACAUGCAAUCCAAAAUUCAGACUUCCACUGACUCGAGGAAAUGUGAGUGCGCAGUAUGUGGUGGGAUUUCUACAGUGGCUGCUGCUGUGCCUGUGAGGGUUCCUCCAUUGUUAUAGAGGUUAUUGACAUCAAAACAACCCAAUUUUUCAUCCUGGCAAGCCUUAAAAAUCAAUCGGGGAGGGGGGGAACGAAGCUACCACUAGCUUUUAUUAUUACUGUCUGAACUCCUUUCCAAUCCAAUGUGGUUUAUUAUUAAAUAAUUACUGACGUAAUUAAAACUUUUUUCAAUAGCCAUAUUAUAAAAAGGUAUAUACAUAUAUAUGAAUAUAUAUUUGUGUGUUUGUGUAGAUAUCUAGAUGAUUAUAUACUUUCUUAUAGAAAACUUUGAUGUUGACCAUUCUCCUCAGUGUUUUGAGAACAAGUUGACACAUCUCAACAUAAUACCGCUGUCCACUUGGUCUAGGUCCUAGGUCGAUGGACAACGAAUCCAAAUAAUAAAAAAAGUUAGAAAAAAAAAACCUUCCAAAGGGAAUUACCCUCGUCAGAAUGCAAUACCUUUCUUUCCACUCUUCAUUUCAAAAGAAUGGAAAAUGGCAAGAAAACCAUAAAACUUGAUAGGCAAGUUGACCAAAAAAUGUAAUUUCAACAAUAAAGAGCGUGGCUCGUGUAAAAUGUGACAUUUUCGACGGCCACGUCAGAUUAAGUUUUAUAGAUGUGAUGUUUCCAAUGCCAUGGCCCACUAAAACACUUCAUUGUUUUUCUUUGUCACUUACUGUUUCUUAAGUUCAGAAAACAAUGUAUCUGUCAGCUAGCUGCACCAUCAAAUUAGCCCCUACCAGGACAGGAGUGCUUGCAAUACCGGCCUGAUUCUGGAUUCCACUUCCGUCUUUGAUCUGCAAAUGUGUCACAUUUCAACAUCAAAAGUUGUACAAUACACAUAAAAUAAUGGGUAAACCGUCAAACUUGAUGGCAACAGUGAUGUCAAAUAGGCACCAAGUAGGGACUGCAAACUGUCAAAAUCUGCUAAAUGUGAGUGGGUGUUUUUUUUGGUGGAGGAAAAUAUUUUGACAUAAAAGGGCAUACAUUGUUUUUGUGGUUUUUCAUUACUAUUGAUUUUAUUGUCUAUUUACAUCUAAUAACUAUCAAAUUCACAUAAAGGAUUUUUUUCUUUUUUAACUUAGUUUUUGGUAAAAACAAAAAAGGUAAAUACUGCUAGUGAGAUUUUAUAUUUUUACAUAUGUUGGUUUUAUUUUGUUUCUUCUUUUUUUUUUAUUUAUACGCCACUUAGUUCGGAUGUCUUCAAAUGGUGUUAUUUUCUCCGUUUUUGUGUGAUUUCAUAUGUCUUGAGAAUGUGGAGACAAAGGCAUUUCAGUAUUUUUGAAUUGUUAAAAUCUAGUUUCAUAGAAGCGGAAGUAUCUGAUGUUAUAAAUUAUAUUUUAAUUCAUGUAAAUAGUUUAAAACAGAAGACUAUGGCUUCCUUUUAAACUGAAUACAUUUCUCUUCAGAGAUUGUUUACAUUAUGAAACUGUAGAGAUGUGCUCCUCAUAUACUGUAUAAAAGUACAUAUAUUCAUUGAUUUGCCUCCAAAAAAUAAAAUCCUAAUGAACAGCA